GACUUUUUCAACAGCUCGUCACAUCCUGUUCUGUGCGUUAUGCUCUUUGCCUAAAUGAAAAAAGUCUGUUAAGUGUGUCUGGCACCACGUUUCUCAAACCGGAUUGGCUCAUCGUUACACGUGCCCCCGACUAACAACCUUAAAUUUGAACCCUCAAUCCGUUUCUUUUCAUUUGCGUACCAGUUGAAACCUCGUAUGAAGUUAAACCGACAUUAUAAUGAUGUCAUACUUGUGCGGAUGUUUUAUUUAUUGCCUCUUAAUUUUAAUACUUGGGGUUGAGGGGACAUACACACUUAAUGGAUACAAGCCACAACAGCUGUACGCAGACCGACCUUAUGCGCGAGCCUAUCGACAGAAUUUCUUACAGAACGUGCAAGCUCAACAUGCGGGAGCACAUGGCAAUAACUAUAGGUUUUAUGGCUACCAUCAUUAUCACAAGCCCGCGCGGAUGUGGCCCCCAUUCGCGUACCGCCAGCCCACAGCUUCUCCUCCAGCGCCUGCUCAGCCAGUCAGUACCCAAAGCAGCACAACAUCCCCGAUCAAAUGGGCUGCCACAUCAGCACCGACGGAGAUGUGCAAGAGUCGCCCACUCGACCUGGUCUUCAUCAUAGACAGCUCACGCAGCGUGCGCCCUGCUGAGUUUGAGAAAAUAAAGAUCUUCCUGUCAGACAUGGUGGACACGCUUGAGAUCGGCUCUGAUGCCACCCGGGUGGCAGUGGUCAAUUAUGCCAGCACAGUGAAAAUCGAAUUCCUACUGAAGACCCACUUCAACAAAGGCGACCUGAAACAGGCACUGGCACGCAUCGACCCACUGGCCACGGGCACAAUGACUGGCUUAGCCAUCAAGACGGCCAUGGAUGAGGCCUUCACCGAAGAGUCUGGGGCCCGGCCCAUCUCAAAAAACAUAGCCAAGGUGGGCAUCAUUCUCACCGAUGGGCGGCCCCAGGACACAGUGGAAGAGGUGUCAGCAUCAGUUCGUGCUUCUGGGGUUGAGAUCUAUGCUGUGGGCGUGGACAGAGCGGACAUGGAGUCUCUGCGUCUCAUGGCCAGUCAGCCUCUUGACGACCAUGUGUUUUAUGUGGAGUCCUUCGGCGUCAUCGAGAAGCUUACCUCCAAGUUCAGGGAGACUCUAUGUGGUGUGGACCGUUGCGCCCUUGGACAUGACUGCCAACACAUAUGUGUCAGCAAAAAUGCCUCAUACUCCUGCAAGUGUCGGGAGGGAUCUGUCUUGAAUGAAGACAAGAAAACAUGUUCACAGGAAGUACGAGGCACAGAGAGUGAGGACCCAUGUAUGUGUACGGCUCAGAUUGCCUUCCAGAAGAAGGUUCAAGUGACAAUUCAAGACCUUACCAACAAACUAGCUGAUGUCACUCGGAAACUGGAAGAGUUCCAAGACUUACGAUGAUUCCAGAGAUUGGCCAGAGAUAAUUUGCUGGACACAUACUAUAAUUUUACAUUUCCUGUUUAGCAUCUUCCAUAUGUAACCAACAAUAUAGUUGACCAAGUUUAGACUUUUUACAUGCCAUGCAUUAUUUCACAAGAUUGUCAAUAUUGUAUGUAAAUCUGAAAAACAUGCAAUUUGCCCAUUGUGUCAUUAAUAUGUUGGAAAAGCCUCUGUUUGUAUUUCCCCAUUAUUUUCGUAUACAUUUUGUUUAAAAAUAUUUAAAUAUUAUGUAUAACCUUAAGAAGGUUUUAAAUGAAAAUAAAUAAAGUUGUCUUUGAAAUAUCUGUGUAAAGUUCAAAUAUAUUAUGCACUAUUUGGGAUAUUUGUGAAGAUGAGGAUGAAAAAUAAAUGUUUUGGCCUACUU